UGAGGAGGGCAGUAAUACGCCGGUGAUGCGUCUAUGCUGCCGCAAAUUCAAAAGAAGAAGAAGAAGGUGCAUUUCGUCAUUGAGAAGCAAGAUGGCGUCAGCAUCAGAACAUCAGGGUGCUCCAGACAGCGAACUGGACGAAUUAUUAGACAGUGCUCUUGAUGAUUUUGACAAGACCAGUGUGCCUCCUGUGGCCCCCACUACCCCUGGUCCAGGAACGACGAGUGAUCAGAAGCCUCCUCUGCUGGAUGACAGUAAGAUCUUCGAGACUCUCUUUGAUGGUGAGAUGGCCAAUCAAGCACGUGAGGAGUGGGAGAAAGCCAUGGCCGAGUUAGCGCAAGAAGAACCUCAGCUUCUACAGCAUUUUCAUAAGCUGUCUGAGGCAGCAGGUAAAGUAGGCACAGAUGUAGCUUCACAACAAGAGUUCACCUCCUGUCUUAAGGAGACCCUUGGUGGUUUGGCGAAAAACGCAGACAACCUCCAGAAUGCAGGACUGGCUGGAGAUGAUCUGGUAAAGACCUUGGAGAACCUGGGAUUGAAUGAAAAUGGGGAGGGAGGAGAUGAUGGAAAUAUUCUCCCAAUUAUGCAGUCCAUUAUGCAGAACCUUUUAUCCAAAGAAGUUCUAUACCCUUCUCUUAAAGAGAUAACGGAGAAGUACCCUGAAUGGUUGGAGAGCAACAAGCAAUCUCUUCCCACAGACCAGUUCAUGCGGUAUGAGCAACAGUACAAACUAAUGGGAGAAAUAUGCAGCCAAUUUGAGAACGAUGGAGACAAAGACAGCACGUUUGAAAACAUUCUUGAACUCAUGCAGAAGCUGCAAGACUUGGGUCAACCGCCAAAAGAGCUUGCUGGAGAGGCACCUCCUGGCUUGAAUUUUGACCCAGAAUCUCUGCAAUUUCCUGGAGUGCAAGGAGUCCCAGGACCAGAGCAGUGCUCAAUCAUGUGAUCUCAAUGAGGUCAAAUCAAUGUACAUUUGAAAACGAUACAAUUUGGAGCUAAUUAUCUGAACCUGAGUUGGACACAGUUGAUCAUGCUCCCCUUUUAAUGGAGUUUGCUUUUGUGUCUGCACUGAAACUGUGAACGUUCACUACAUUAAUUUUACUUCGUAGUUCUUGUCCACAGAGGUCCUUUCCAUAUUUAUCCUUAUUCCGUUCACUGUCCUCACUGUGCGUUUUGAGUGAAGCUUGAUAUCUCAGUGUGCUGACAGCUUGGUUUUCAGAAUUUUGUGAAGGUUUUACAGUUUUACUUCAAGCACAUUUGACAGGUGUCACAGUGAAUUGUGUUUUGUGUAAGUAGAGACAAAUGGACAGGAAAGGUAUUUACAGAUUGAUUGGUUUAAUUUUAUUUGUAAAUCUCAGAAGAAUGGUCUGGGUCAACAAAUAGCUUCCAUCAGAUUGAUGAAAUUAUUUUAAUAUACAGCGUAAUGUCCAUUUAUUCUCACACUAUAUCAUGUAUGCUAUUUCUGUGAUCUGACAACUAAUCUGUGACCAAAACGCAUCUCUCAGAUCCAGCAUUUUCAAAAAACUAACUGCAGACAGUUCUGUGUGAUGUGUUAAAUCCCAGGAUACCUCAAAAGUAGGUUAAAGUUUGCAGCCGUUACAUUUGAGGGGAUGUUUACAUGGUUCUUUUAUGCAAACAUGUUUGAGUGGAUGGAAAUGGGAUUCUUUCACAGGAUCAAAUGUGGAGUUGGUUAUCAGUUUGCUUUCUUUACAUGUGGCAUGAGCUCUAUCGUAGUAUGAUAUUAUGUGGCCAAAAUAAAGAUUAUGAUAAGGAUAGGAUGGCCAUGCAGAUGAGCCGGACAAAAAUAUGUAAUGGUUACAACACUCAGGGGUUGCUCAAACACAAAGCACUUAAAUCAGCUCAUCAAUAUUCUUUGUACUGUAAAAUGUUCCAUUAAAUGUGCAGUUCAUUGGUCUUGUCAUACCACACUGUAUGGAAUUGCAAUUCUCUAAAAUCGAAAUAAAUGUUAUGAACUUACAA